AUGUCCUUGUGUGAAACAAAAAACCUUAAACAGAAACAUAACAAGAUCAGAAAACGAGGUUGUUCUUCCACAUCUUCGUCGUCUAUCUUUUCGCGAAAAUACAGAUUUAAGAGAGCCAUUUUGAUAGGGAAGAAAAGUGGAUAUAGUACACCAGCACCAACUUGGAAAACAAGUUCAAAAUCACCUUCUAUGGCAACUCAUCAUCAUCAUCACCACCAUGUUACAAAAAACACAGCUUUUCAUUCUUUUCGUUCCGGGUUACUCUCUAAAGAGAAAGAAACUUCUGUGUCUGCUAGAAAACUUGGUGCUACAAUAUGGGAAAUCAAUGAUUUAACUCCUUCAAGGGUCAAGAAGGAAUCAAUGAAAAGCAACAAGGAUAGAGACAGAGAGAAAGUUGAAAGCUUAUGUAGAUCAAUGAUAUUGGGACCGCAGAAGUUAGAUUUAGAUCUAUCAUCAAAUAGGCUUUUCUCUGAGAAAGAAAGCAAUAAAGCAAAAGAGAAGAAGAAUUGUGGUAAAUGCAAAGUUGGAGUCAAGAAGGGUCUUAAGGAAGCGAAAAGCGGGUUAUGUGCAUUGAAGAAGCUUCUAAAGGUGUUAAGUCAAAUGGUUGUUGAAGAGAAGCAUUCAUCUAGAAGCAUGCCUCUCAUCUUGGCUAUGAGUAACGAGGUCGAUCAUGUCCACAACCAAAUUGAUCAAUUCAUUCAUGAACAAAGCUUGAAUGAGAAUGAUAUAGAGUAUCUCAUGAAGCAUUUUGAAGAAGAAAAGAAUGAUUGGAAGAGAAGAGAAAGGGAGAAGAUUCGCGAGGCCACAACGAGCAUAGCGCAAGAGCUUGAGAUUGAGAAGAAGCUAAGAAAGCAAACCGAGAGGAUGAACAUGAAAUUUUCUAAAGAAAUCGAUAAGGUAAAAGCUUCCUAUAAAAAAUUGUCUAAAGAGCACGAAAGGGAGAAAAGGGCUAAAGAGAUAUUGGAACAAGUUUGUGAUGAACUAGGGAAAGGAAUUGGAGAAGAUAGAGCAAAAGUAGAGGAUAUGAAAAGGGAAUCAGAGAAAGUUCGAGAAGAGUUCGAAAAGGAGAGGGAAAUGCUUCAUUUAGCCGAUGUUUUACGCGAAGAACGAGUCCAUAUGAAGCUCUCGGAAGCUAAGUAUCAAUUUGAAGAGAAAAAUGCAAUGCUUGAAAAUCUUAGAAAUGAAGUUGAAAGCCUUAUCAGAAAUAAAGAAGAAAAGGAAAAAGGCGAUGACGAUGUUGAAGUUGAAGUUGAUCAAGGGCUUGAAAAACUCAAGGAUCUUGAAAUAUUUCUAAACAAGACAUUUUUCGAAUUCCAAAAUCUAGAGGAAGGGAAUGAUUCAAUAGAGAAUGAAGACGAGUCGGGUGAGAGUGAUCUUCAAUCUAUUGAAUUGAACAUGGACAACGAGAAUAAAAGCUACAAAUGGAGUUAUGCAUGUGAGAAUAUUCCUCAUUUUGAAGCAAAAAGAGUUUCAAUUGAUAAAGAUAUAGGUAGAAGAUCUUUUUCUGAUUGGGGAAGUAUUUGCCUAAACAAAGGUACUAAAAAGAAGGACUUAGUUGGUGGUAAGUAUUGA